AUGCAGACGCUCAACUGCGAGCUGCAGCCCACGCAGCAGUCGCAAGACGGUGGCAUCGAUCAUCAGGGACUGUGGACGCUGCCGGACAUGACCGUCGAUGUAGUGACACAGUGCAAGAACGGGGGCAAACCAGUGGGUGUCCAGUACGUGCGAGAGUUCCACGGCGUGCUCAAAAGCUGCUUCCCACCGGCAACAGUGGGUCUCUUUGCCUCGGCGUCGGGCUUCAGCCUCUAUGCCCAGCGCUUCCUCCUCCGGAUGACGCAUCCCGCCGUUCUGUGCACGGUGGACACGGAGCGAUGCCGCCUGACGUCGUUCCAGCUGAACGAUCGUGCCCAGACGCUCCUACCAAAGCUCACGGUCGGCUCUUUGUUCACGCGUCAGGAACAUGCGCUCGUGCUCACGUACGGCAACCGCAUCCUCGGGUGA